AUGGAAUUUAUUAAAUGUCCAAAAUGCGACAAAAUUUCCGGUGGAGUUAAGACACUGCCAUCCUACGAUCUCUCUCUCGUCGACGAAUCUGUAUCCUCUGACGGACGUUUGGAUCUUGUGAAGUGCUCUGUAUGCACUGAAGGAAAAGAGGCUCAGUAUCGUUGCAUCCAGUGCGAUGGAACCUUGUGCGCCAGGUGCCGAGAGACACAUAAGAUUCCUAUUUGCCAUACCUGUUUAGAAGUAAACCAUAGUGGGCAUGUUACGCUCGCCUUGGGUUCGAUGUCGAAACAUGUUAAUUCGCUUGUUGCGGAGGCCAUGAAAGGGUGCCUCCAAAAUCGGGAGGUUUUGAGAGGUGUGUCCGACGCGCUUCAGUCGGUGUUGUCAGAUUUGACAGUUUCUCAGGAUACCAAUAAGAGUCAAAUUGAGGAAUUGGUGGAUAUUUGGAUGAAUGCAAUUGCUUCUGUUAAGGAGGAGUUUUUGCAAAAGAACCGAGAAAUUCAUAGUGAUAUUGAGAUGAGACUCAUGAGCCAAAUUGAACAAAUACGGAAGGUGAUGGACCAUAUUGAAUUUGUCAACGAAUUUUGCUCCAUCUACCUUCCAAAAUGUACUGAUUUGCAAAUUAGCAAACUAGUCAAGGAUGUAAUGGGGUGUUUAGAAUACCUUAGAUCGGUUGAGUUUCACUCGGAUAUGCCCUCAAGGAUAGUGUUUUCUAAAGCCCACGAUAAUGUGCGGAACUUCAUUCGAACCAACUUUGGUACCUUUGAUCUUCCAUCCAAUCAGGACAGUGCUCUCGUUCCCUCCUUCCCCCUCGAUCGGUCGGUGUCAUUCAGCGCAUACCCAAUAGGUGAUGUUACGAAUGCGUUAAGCACCCUUAACGUUCACCGAAGUAUGUCCCACAAUGAUACCUUUGUGUCUCAAAACUUGUCGCUACCUCUAAACACCGAUGCCAUCGAUUCCAUCAGAAAUUCGAUGAACGGAAGUCUUUCAAUUGUACCCGCUCGCUCAGAGCAAAUCGAUAGUGCUACAACUAGCAUUUCUCCAUGGGGUGAUCCGAGUACUUUUGGUCCUGUCUCCGUAGGAUAUAAGUCAUCAACAUCUUCCAUCAAUGGUCUGCACAUCAGUCAUGGCGGAUUGAAUGGAAAUAGUUUGGGGUUUCGCUCUUCACUCCGUAGCGGUCUGGAUCUUGACUCGCCUAGUAUUUUGUCCAGACCGAGCCCGCUUAACAACUACAAUCUCUCCCUUUACGAAUACUCGAGGUUGCGCUCCGCUAGGUGCAACAAUAUGGCAUUGUUGGUGAAGUUCGGAACCAUGGGGAAUGAGCUUGGGCGUUUUAACUCGCCUCAUGGUUUCUGUCUUGGGUUCGAUGAGGAGAUUGUUGUCGCUGACACCUACAAUCAUCGCAUACAAAUAUUCUCGAAAAGUGGCGAAUACCUUUCCUACUUUGGAGUGUCGGGAAAAGUGGAUGGAUUGUUGUGGUUCCCCCGGAAGGUAGCUAUAAUUCGACAAAGCCAACGUUACGUUGUGUGUGACAGGGGUAAUGAGCGAUCACGAAUGCAGCUUUUCAGCCGCAGUGGACAUUUUGUUCGCAGGAUACAGAUAAAGUUCAUUGAUAUUGUGGCCGGCUUGGCCAUUAACCAACAGGGUCAAAUUGUUGCCGUUGACAGUGUUACACCUGGAGUUUUCGUUGUCUCAGAGGAGGGCGAUUUAAUUCAUUGGUUAGACUGCAGCACCUUUAUGAGGGAGCCCUCGGACAUUGCCAUUCGCGGUCGUGAAUACUUUAUCUGUGAUUUCAAGGCGCAUUGCGUCGUGGUAAUACAAGAAGACGGGCAAUAUCUUCGAACUAUUGGUGGUGAAUCCAUUACCGACUUCCCAAAUGGAAUCGAUGUAAGCGGUCAAGGCGACGUUCUUGUUGGUGAUUCGCACGGGAACAGGUUCCAUAUCGCAGUAUUCACUGGGAAGGGUGACUUGAUCAGUGAAUUUGUCUGCAUGCAAACCAAAGUGAGUCGUUCCUGUUGUCUGAAGAUCACCAAUGAGGGCUAUAUUGUGACGCUGGCGCGGAGCUCCAACAAUGUUCUCGUGAUGAGCACGCUCUAUGUCAACUGA